AUGUCGGCCUCAUCGGCUCGCCGGCUCAAAGACCGAGGCGGAGCCGGAGGUACCAUCGGAGCCAAAGCCGGUUCCACUCUGAAGCAAUCCAAGCCCCUCACGCCGAUACCCAUCUCCCACAAGAGGUCCUCCAGCGCCGGAAAAGAGAACCCUUUACCUGGGUCCACUUUCCGAUCAUCGGCCCAGAAGCCCACGAUCCGGCCCGUCCCACGUGUCGACAAGGCGUCUGUGACGGCGGCGACCAGUGGCGGCGGCAGCGAUGCGCGUGCUCGGUGGUCCAUGUCUUCUUUGCCCAGAGGUAGGAGCUCUAGCCCUUCUGAGUUUAUACGGGUAUUUUCUCAUUCUAGUAAAGAACGGAGGGCUUCGGUGGGCCGGACCGAAAGGGGUUCCAGUUCGACUUUGAGUUCUGUCGGAGAGAGAGAUAGGGCGGUGUCGAGUACAGAGAAGGGUUUGAGUAGGGUUAGGGGAUCAGCGAGUGGGAAACAGAGAACAGGGUUUAGGGAUUUGGAUGUGAAGGUGAGUGAAGUGGGCGCCAAUGGGAUUAGGGUUUUGAGGGAUAUCAAAGAAAGUGGUAAAAUUGGGUUGAGUUCGGAUAAAAAGAAUGGAACUUGUGGAGAAAAAGAACUGAAAUGGGUUGCAAGUGAGAAGAAUUCAGAUGGGGUUAGGCUUAGGGUUCUGGGAAGUGGUGAUGGAGAAGCUAACUUAAGCUCUGUUCUGAAAAACCCAGAUGGAGUUGAUGGUAAUAGGACUUUACAGAGUUGCAAUAGUAAUAGAAGUAGCUUGAGUGUGGAUACAAAGGAUCAAAAUUUUGUCCGGGUUGAUGAUAAAGCUGUGAAGAGUGGAAAUGGUGUUGCUUUAGGACUGAAGGAGUCUCGUGAAAAAUCUGUGAGUAGUGCAAAGAUUUUGGAGGGUUUAAAAGGGAAGGCAUUGACUGAAGAAGGUAGUAAUGGCAGUCGUUCUGGUAUCAAAUAUCCGAGUAAGCUUCAUGAGAAGCUUGCUUUCUUGGAAGGGAAGGUUAAGCGGAUUGCCUCCGAUAUUAAGAAGACAAAGGAGAUUUUGGAUAUGAAUAAUCCAGAUACGUCAAAGGUGAUACUCUCUGAUAUUCAGGAAAAGAUUUCGGGGAUUGAGAAGGCCAUGGGACAUGUUCCGAAUGAUUCAGGUGGUAAGAUGGGGUUGCCGAAAAGUGAUGAGCAUAUCGAACAGAAUUCCAAAGUGGUUGAAAAGGGUCAUAUUGAGCAGGAGAUUAAUGCUAAGAGUUUGGUGAAAGGGUUGAAUAGCGAGGACUUGGAAGCUAGACUCUUUCCUCAUCAUAAAGGGUUGAAUAGCGAGGACUUGGAAGCUAGACUCUUUCCUCAUCAUAAGUUGCUUCGAAACCGCACGGCAUUGAAAGAAUCAUCAGAAAGCUCUCAAAGUCAUGGAUCCCAAGAAGUUGAAUCCAGUUGUGAAUCAAAGGUUGAUAAGAAGUCUUUGAGCCUUAUAGAUGACAAUCCAAUUGCAAUAGAGUUCUUGGCUUCCUUGGAACAAACUAAAGUUACAACGAGGGAUGGUCAGGAAGUUCUGGGAUGUUGUGAAGUUCAAGAAGUGGAGGGUAUCACCACUGCAGGAGUUGAAAAAUCUUCAAAACUGGUCACUGGAAAGCAAAAUGCGGAGCUCAUUCUCACAACGGAUGAAACACUUGAUGAGUUUGAUGAUCAGGAGAAUACACAGAAAAUGAUUAUUGAUGAGGAAACUGAGGACACUUGCAUUUACCAGCUGAACGAAAUAGGCCAAAAAACAUCAACUGGAGGGUGGUUUGUUUCUGAGGGAGAAUCAGUUCUUCUUGCUCAUGAUGAUAGCUCAUGCACCUUCUAUGAUAUCGUAAAUUGCGAGGAAAAAGUGGUGUACAAACCUCCUGUAGGAGUUUCACCUAAUAUGUGGAGAGACUGUUGGAUAAUCCGUGCUCCUAGUGCUGAUGGUUGUUCAGGAAGGUAUGUUGUGGCAGCGUCUGCAGGAAAUACGAUGGAUUCAGGAUUUUGCUCAUGGGACUUCUAUGCCAAAGAUGUGCGUGCUUUCCAUAUUGAGGAUGGUUUAGCCCCUUCAAGAACAGUGCUCGGCCCCUUGCCCAACAACAUCUCAUAUGGAAGAAAUGCUUUGUCUAAUCUUCUGGAUCCUGAAACUCAACAAUGGUGGUAUAGACCUUGCGGACCUCUUAUUGUCUCAACUGCCAGCUGUCAGAGAGUUGUGAGAAUUUACGAUAUCCGUGAUGGCGAGCAAGUUAUGAAAUGGGAUGUAGCGAAGCCUGUGAUAACAAUGGACAAUUCAAGUCCCUUGCAGUGGAGAAACAGAGGAAAAGUUGUUGUAGCUGAAGCUGAAUCAAUUUCUCUAUGGGAUGUUAGCUCUCUCAACCCUCAAGCUUUACUAUCUGUUUCUUCUUCUGGUCGAAAAAUCUCCGCACUUCAUGUGAAUAACACGGAUGCUGAACUAGGUGGUGGUGUUCGACACAGAGUAAGUUCCUCGGAAGCAGAAGGAAAUGAUGGAGUGUUCUGUACCCAAGAUUCUAUUAACAUUCUAGACUUUCGCCAUCCGUCUGGCGUCGGUCUUAAGAUACCAAAACUUGGUGUAAAUGUGCAGUCAGUUUCCUCUCGCGGAGAUUCUAUCUUCCUUGGCUGCAGUAGUGCAAGGUCAGGAUGGAAAAAACAGUCCUCUUCACAGGUGCAACAGUUCUCUGUGCGAAAACAAAGGCUAUUCAGCACUUAUUCCUUGCCAGAAUCAAAUGCUCACAGCCAUUGCACAGCGAUUACGCAAGUUUGGGGGAACUCAAACCUUGUCAUGGGUGUUUGUGGAUUAGGGCUGUUUGUAUUUGAUGCCUUGAAGGAUGAUGGAGUGCCUUUGUUGACCAAUGACGAUGGGACUCAAAACGCCAGAGAAGUUAUUGGUCCAGAUGACUUGUAUGCACCUUCUUUUGAUUACUUGGAUUCUCGGGCUCUUCUUAUAUCAAGAGAUCGCCCAGCACUGUGGAGGCACUUAUCAUAG